UUCACCACCGGCACCUGUAACGAUGCUACGGUGCAUAGCUGCGAGCUGUGUGGCAAAGGCUUUCGCUUGCAGCGGAUGCUCAACCGUCAUAUCAAGUGUCACAGCCAGGUGAAGAGACACUUGUGCACCUUCUGUGGAAAAGGCUUCAACGACACCUUUGAUCUGAAAAGACACGUCCGGACCCAUACCGGAAUUCGUCCUUACAAAUGUGAGGUUUGCAACAAAGCCUUCACCCAGCGCUGUUCCCUGGAGUCCCACCUUAAGAAGAUUCACGGUGUGCAGCAGCAAUACGCCUACAAACAGAGGCGAGAUAAACUUUACGUGUGCGAAGACUGCGGCUACACGGGCCCCACGCAGGAGGACCUGUACCUGCACGUUAGUAACGUUCACCCCGGAAGCGCUUUCCUGAAAAAAACCUCAAAAAAACUUGCAGCAGUUUUGCAAAACAAACUGAGCCCUGUCCUGCAGAGGAACUCCAAAGAUGACGACAAAGAUGAGUAACACGGUGGAUUACAGUGGUCUAAAGGAAUAAAGUUUACAUGUAGGACUAUAUAUGUAUUAUUUUAUUAAAAACAGUUUUGAAAGAAAUCCCUG